AUGCUAAGCUUUGUGCUUGCAUAUAAAUUUGAAAAAUAUGCGAAGAUCCCAUCUAAACGCAUUCCAUUUACUGAUGUUAAAAAUGUUACUGGGGAAGUGUACGAUAUCAUUUCAUAUAUGCGUAAACAUUACCAAACAGGAAAUCUUACAGAGCAAGAUGUUGUUACAGUAACACCUUCAUCACGAUAUGAUACCGGAGAUGUCAGUUUAAUGAAAACUUCUGUUGAUUGUAUUUUAGGUCAUCCAAUUACAAACUUCUCUGGUCGUUUUGUUUCUGGAUCAGGCGAUCAAACACCAAAUAUCACAAUCGACUUCCAUGCUGUUCAAAUCCAAAUUGAAAGUUACACAUUUUAUUGGACCACAAAUAGAUAUAUGAGAGGCUGGAAUUUUUAUGGAGUCUCGCCAACAGGUCUGGAGUUACUCAGCUCACCUAACUUCAAUGUUAUUCCAUUUGACUUAAUCUUUGCAGAAAUUGUUUCUAAAUUCUCAAUAUCAUUGAUUACUAUUGAGUUUUGA